UCCGGUUUGUUAAGGAUUUCAAAAAACGACCUCUACUUUUGGCAAACCUUUCCGCCCCUUUUCCAGCAAUCCCAGAGGGCAAAGAACACUUCUUCCUUAAUUCGAAAAUCCCCAAAUCCAUUUCGAAAAUUCCCAAAUUCACAGCCGACACUCAGCCCCUUUCCCACUCUCCAGAGCAGACAGCCCUUCCCGCUUCACAGCCACCAAUCGCUCGUCCCUUCUCCUUCAGCCCUUCCCAUCGGUGUAACCAUCUUCUGCUUCAGCAUCCAGCUGCUUCACCAGCAACCACCAUUUUAAUCGAAGCAGCAGCAGCGCCACCAUUGGGUCGACGGCGAAGCAAAUCGCAGCCACCAACAGCCAUAUCAUCAAUCACUCACUAGAAUUGUGCUGUUCACAUGCGGCCAUUAAAAUUUUCCUGAGAAAGCUAUCUCGAGAGUGAAUUUUCUCACAGGCCAAACACUCUGCUCCACAUGCCCCCAUGGACACUCUCAUCUCUUCAGCUCUCGAGGAAAUCUGUUGUCGUGGCUCAACUGGACUUUUGCUUUCCUCCCUCUGGUCUACCCUAACUCCCACACCUGCUGUCUCCCUCAAAGAAUAUCUCUGGUCCAACCUUAUAUCUAUCUCUUCUCUUCAGUUCUUUGUCUCUGGAAAAGAGACUCCCUGUAGCGCCACUGACCCCGAAAUUCGGCGGCUUGAAGAUGCUGAGAAGCUCAACUUGAAGAUUGUGGCUAAUGAGCAUCUUAGGGAUUGCUUUGUUGGCCUUUAUGACAUUCCUUCUUCUGGCAUUGGUCCUCUCCAGCGUCGCACUCUUGAGCGGCUUGCUGUUGUUAGGACAAAUGGAAUAACACAAAAUCAACUAGCGAAAGAAUUCGGCAUUGAAGGGAACUACUUCUUUUAUAGUGUUAAGAACCUUGAGUGCCGGCAAUUGAUUGUGAGACAACCUGUUAUUGUGAAGACAAAAGAAGCUGACUGUGAAGGGGAGACUAAGAGCAGUUCGACUGUAAGUACCAAUUUGAUAUAUCUACCCCGUUAUGCAAAGCAUUUAGGUGUUCAACAAAGACUUGAGAUUAACAUAAAAGAACGCAAUUUUGGGGGUCCUGGGAAUGUAGAGGAAACUGAUGUAGGUGGAGAUGGUUUUGAGAGAGAGCCUUCUAAAGAUGAUGUUCUUAUAAAAGAUUUUUUACCCGCAAUGAAGGCAAUUUGUGAUAAACUUGAAGAAGCCAAUGAUAAGGUCCUUGUCGUCUCAGAUAUCAAACAGGUUCUUGGUUAUACUAGAACUUCAGGGCACAGAGCUUGGAGAAAUAUAUGUCGGAGAUUAAAGGAUGCUGGCAUUGUUGAGGAGUUUGAUGCAAAAGUGAACGAAAAGGUCGAACGUUGCUUACGUUUGUUGAAGAAGUUUCCUCCAAGUAAUUUUGAGAACAAACCUCUUGGGUGUCACAAAGAAAAAAUGAAGUUUGGAAGAAGGUUUCAACAAACUGAGCAGCUUGUAGAACUUCCUAUUGACCAUCAAAUUUAUGAUAUUAUUGAUGCCAAAAGAACAGAAGGAGCUACUGUUAUUGAGGUAUGUGAGAGGCUUGGAAUUGAUAGGAAAAGAAGUGAUUCUCGGUUGCACAAUUUGUUCUCUAGGUUUCAGAUGCAUGUGCAGGCAGAAAACCAUAAAAAAUCCGUAGCUUUUCGAGUUUGGACUUCUGAUUCUAAUACCAAUGAGUCAAACGCAUUUCUAGAUCAAUCAAAAAUUGAUCUUGGUGGAAUUAACAUUUCUACUUUGAGUGUGGGCAAUCAUGAUGUUCUGGACAGGUCAACAGAAGCCCCGCGAGAGUACAAUCCUUCCACUUCUGAAGUUGAUUCUGCUAAACUGAAUAAUAGGGGAAAAAAUGCUGAACUAUCUCAAGACUCCCCUGAGGAUGGUCCGACUAACCAUGAGCUAACCUGUCAUGACAAGGUGCCAGAGUUUCUUCAUGAAUCAGUGGAUGGUGUUUCCAAUGCUAAACAUAAUUUAGGAAGUACAGAAAUAGAGCCAAAUUCUGCUUCAUGUUUGUCAGAAGCUACUUUAUUAAAGCUACCUGAUUCUCGAUCAUCUUCUCGACACAUGCCUUUAACUACUGAUGGUGCCUUGAGGGAGCAGAGGAUACUUGAAAGGUUACAGGAUGAGAAAUUCCUGUUGAAAGCUGAGCUUCAAAGAUGGCUUGUGAGUUUUGAGAAGGACAAGGACACAGCAAUGGACAGGAAGACUAUUGACCGGAUAUUAAACAAGCUUCAACAACAAGGACAAUGCAGAUGUGUGCAUAUAAAGCUUCCUGCUGUCACGAACUGUACCAGCAGGCGUCCUACUGUGGUUGUUCUGCAUCCAUCUAUUCAGAGUUUUCCUCCCGAAUUACUUGGUGAAAUUCAUGAUAGACUUAGGUCUUUUGAUAAACAAAUACGUGUUCAGGCAUUAUCCAAGUUGCAGAUUAAGGAAUCAAUUCCUGUACUGAAUGGUGUCAUGAGAACUCAGAUUCGUAGGGGUUCAGAUGAACAAGCUGUUAAAGCAGAAGCUAUGCGUGCCAAUGGUUUUGUGUUGGCAAAAAUGGUUCGUGCAAAACUGCUGCAUAAAUUUUUGUGGGGUUACCUGAGUAGUUUUCCUGGAUGGAAUGAUGUUUUAUUAACUGGCCCAUGUGAGCGUGCUUACAAGUUUCUUGCACUUGAAGUGGCUCUGAAGGCUGUUCCAAUUGAGCUAUUCCUGAAGGUGGUAGGGACUAAUAACAAAUGCGGUGAUAUGAUUGCAAAGAGCAAGAGUGGUUUGUGUCUAUCUGAUCUUCCUGUUGAAGAAUAUAAACAGCUGAUGGAUACUCAGGCAACUGGGAGACUGUCAUUGAUAAUUGACAUUUUACGACGACUAAAGUUGAUUCGUUUGAUACGAAAUGCACAUUCAGAGGAUGGAUCCAAAAGUGUUCCUGAGACUUUUAUGCAUGCUCUGGAGCUUAGACCUUACCUAGAAGAACCGUUAUCAAUGGUCCCAACAUCUAAUUUAAGAUCUCUUGAUCUUCGCCCAAGAAUCAGACAUGAUUUUACCCUAUCAAAUGGAGAAGCUGUUGAUGAAUAUUGGAAAACUUUGGAGUACUGUUAUGCUGCUGCUGUUCCAAAAGCUGCUUUACAUGCAUUUCCUGGAUCUGUUGUUCCUGAGGUUUUCCACCCUCGUUUUUGGACCUCUAUUCGGGUUAUGUCUGCUCAGCAGCGCACUGAGCUCCUAAAUCGAAUAGCAAAGGAUGAUUUGAACAAAAAAAUUUCAUGUGAAGAGUGUGUAAACAUUGCUAGUGAUCUUAAUCUUUCCUUGCAGCAGGUGCUUCGUGCCUAUUAUAGUAAGCACCUUCGAAGUCUGAAUAUAUUUCAGGGUGUUGUGAAUGCCAAUGAAGACCAGCAGAAACCAGAAAAGAAAUUCCCUUCUAGAAAAAGAAAGAGACCUUUAGAAUCAAGCUCAGUAAAGCGUGGAAGAGGUGAUGGUGUGAAAGAAAAGUUAAGUGAGGAUGCAUCUGUGAAUUUACCUGAUAUCAUUGACCAAUUCAUGGAGGAACAAGAAGUUUCCCCUUCAGAACAAAAUGAAGACCAUUUGGCAGCACAUCAUGAGGGUGAUAAUCUAGAAUCUGCGGAAGAACCAGGAUCAAAUCAAAGUACAAAAUGUCAUUCUGUAUUAAGCCAGUAUGCUUUUUCAAAGUCUCGGUCAACACGCCAAAGAAGGUUUUCAUGGACUGAUGCAGAUGAUAGGCAACUGUUAGUCCAUUAUGCAAGACACCGUGCAGUUCUUGGGGCAAAGAUCCACAAAGCUGAAUGGAAAAAAAUUCCUGACCUACCAGCUCCUCCAAUGACAUGUUCUAGAAGAAUGCAUUUACUGAAGAAAAAUACAAAAUUUAGAAAAACUCUUAUGAAACUCUGUACCAUGCUAAGUGAAAGAUACGCAAAGUACCUGGAGAAAACCCAGAGUGCAUCUCUUAACAACAAUGGGGGCAGAGUUCUUAUGCGAUGUUCAACAAGUGAAGGUGUUGAUAGUUUUUCCAAUAGUGUUCAAAAUGCUGGAGAAGCAGGUUCUGAGGAGCGGUGGGAUGACUUCAGUGAUGAGACUAUCAAGAAAACCUUUGAAUGUGUUCUGUCAUAUAAGAAGAAGGCUAAUUUUCAGGAUUCUACAAGAGUUGGAAAUGCUUCUAAAGAGUUCUGCAAUUUAAACUCAAACGUUGGAGGAUAUAGCUAUGUGGAAUCUGGAUUGGUUUCAUCUAGUAGUGUUAAUGAAAGAAUCCAAAAAGAUGGCCAAGGAAUAUCUUCACAAAGAUCAAGGCGGCGUCGCCUUCGUCAGAAGUUUAUCAAGUCUUUAAAUGAAGGAACUUUAGUUGGCACACAAGUACAUAGCUCACUGGCAGUUUCAAAUGCAGUGGAGCUUUUGAAGCUUGUCUUCUUGAGCACCUCAGGGGCACCAGAAUUGCAAAAUCAUCUAGCAGAAACUCUGCGACGUUAUUCAGAACGCGAUCUUUUUGCAGCUUUUAGCUACCUCAGGGAGAAGAAAAUAAUGAUUGGGGGUGAUGAUGGUCAACCUUUUAUGUUGUCCCAACAAUUCAUGCAAAGUAUAUCUAAAUCUCCAUUCCCGUCUAAUACUGGAAAAGAAGCUGCUAAAUUUUCGGGUUGGCUCCAUGAAAGAGAAAAAGAUCUGACAGAAAGGGGAAUUAAUCUUACUGCAGAUUUGCAGUGUGGCAAUAUCCUUCAGUUGUUUUCUUUAGUUUCUUCUGAUGAAUUAUCAAUAUCUCCAUGUGUGCCAGAUGAAGGCGUGGGAGAAGCUGAAGACUUAAGAAGCUUAAAACGUAGGGUUGAGGAUGAUGACCUUUGUGAUGGUGACAAGUCUAAGAAAAUGAGAUCUUUGGCCGACAGUGAACUCAUUUCUCGCAGAGAAAAGGGCUUUCCUGGUGUAUCAGUGCUUGUGCAUCGUGCAAAACAUACGACAGUUAAUGUUGUAGAAUUGUUCAAAGAUGGGGGGAGAUGUGUGGAUGAACUUCAUCGGAAUGAUAAGGUCAAAGAUACUUUGGGCCAGAAAAUUAGCUCUAGUUCAUUACAACGUGACAGUGCUCCAGAAUUCCCCAAUUUUGAUGCCAUUGAUCCUGCAGCAGGAUGGUCUAGUGAGUCACCUUGGGAAGCAAUGGUAGGUUAUGCAGAAUACCUGAUGUUGAAACCCUCUGAUCCAAAACAAGCAAGUCUUUUCAGUCCUGAUGUAUUUAGGACUGUUUUCAUGGCCAUUCAGAAGGCUGGUGACCAAGGUUUGAGUUUAGAAGAAGUUUCCCAAUCUGUGGGUGAAAAUGUGCAUGAACACAUAAUUGAUGUGCUCCAAGCAUUUGGAUAUGUGUUGAAGGUCAAUGCUUAUGACACUGUGCAUGCUGUUGAUGCUUUAUACAAUUCCAAGUACUUUUUGACCUCGCCGGUGGGUCUCCAUCAAGAUCUUGAUCCACCAUCAAUGAUAAAAUCCUUGCAGAGAAAUGAGAACGGUCCUUCAAUCUCCCAUUCUGAAGGCUAUGAUGUAGUUGGUUCUACUUCACAGAGAGAAGCUACCAUGAGCAAUAGUCAUGUGCACAAAGUUACGAUUCUUAAUCUUCCUGAAGAGUCUGUGCCCUCAAUUGAGACUGAAAAAGGCAAUUUACAUGAAGGGAGCUUGCAGCUGGAAAAUAAUGAUAGUGAAACAUGUAAACUCUCCUCAAAUGAAUUACGUGUGCCGAUAUUACCAUGGAUAAAUGGAGAUGGUAGCAUUAACAAAAUUGUCUAUGAUGGACUUGUUCGCCGUGUUCUUGGUAUUGUGAUGCAAAAUCCUGGGAUAUUAGAGAACGACAUUAUCCGCCAGAUUGGAGUAUUGAAUCCCCAGAGCUGUCGGAGUCUGAUGGAAUUAAUGAUUUUGGAUAAGCACCUGAUUGUGAGAAAGAUGCAUCAAUCUACAUCAAGUGGGUCCCCUGCCCUGCUAGGAACUCUCCUUGGUAGCAGCUUCAGAGAAUCAAAAUCAGUAUACCGUAAACAUUUAUUUGCCAAUCCCAUGAGUGCAUCGUUGCUGUAGGAAGGUUGAAUUUGUUUCAUUUCAUAUUCAUCAGAGGUAUUGGGAAUGGAAUCAGGUUUCUCAGAAAGUGCCCUAAGUUAUUGUAUCAUAGUCUUUUAUUGGCUAGAAUUUGUAAGCUGCAUUCUUAGUUAAGCCUGUAACUAGUUGUGUCUAAUUGUGUGAUGUACAGAUAUGGCAGCUCUGUUUGCUGAAUGUGCCUUCUUCUUUACCA